UUGAGAGGUAAAGAUAACGUGAAGGAUCGUGAUGUUGCAAUAAAAGUAGAACCAAUUGCUGACAGAAAUGAUAAACAAAAUGAUCCAAGACGACUCGUACUCGAGCAGAACGUUCUUAUAGCUAUUCGCAAAAAGCCUUACCUUCCACUGAUUUUUGCAAGCGGUAAAACGAUCAAGGGAUAUCCCUUCAUUGUCAUGCAAAUGCUCGGAAAGAAUUUGACAGAUCUAAGAAAGAGACGAGAUGAAAAGCGAUUCACUGCAUCAACCGCAUUUCGUGUUGCAGAACAGAUUGAGAUAACACUCUCGAAGCUACCAUGGGCAAAGAGUUCACCACGUGAAAUGUUACGCAUGAAAGAAAAUAUGAGUAUCGAGGAAAUAUGCAACGAAAUGCCAGAGCCAUUCAUUGAAUGUUACAAAUACAUAAACGAGUUAAAGUCAAAUCAAUUUCCUGAGCAUAUCAAAAUGCAUAAUUAUUUGAAUCAGUGCAGACCAUCAAAUACAAAAACGGAUGAUCCUUACGACUGGGAAAUUGAAAACUUUUAUGAUUAUUGA